UGAAAACUGCUGUUUUUACUCUCAAGGUGCAUCUUCUAGAAGCUUGAAAAGCACUACUCGGUCUGAUGGGAAUUUGGAGGGUUUCGUUGGUCGGAACUCACCCAACCGUCAAUGCUCAAAUCGAGAACAUUCGCCGUCGGAGAGAGACCUUUCUGCUAGGCUGUCAUUCGAGGUUAAUACGAGUCGUUGUAGCUCCGUGAGCCCGUCAUUUCGAGGGUUUGAUCACGUUUAUCACGACCAAGACGCAGAGCAAUGCUUGUAUCCACAUGCAAAUCUCGCCUGCUGUGGCCUCGUCAUGUAUGGACAAAAUGGAUCCACGUUAAGUUUAGCCCAGGGACAAUACUGCCAUAAGACAAUUCCAGUCUGUGGCACCGUCAGCCAGGGAAUUUCACCAAGGUACGAGCCAAAUUUUCUUCCAUCAACUCCAUAUCAGGAACGGGAUCCAUGCUCUCUACAGUGCAAUCGUCACAGGAAGAAAAGUAAAUGUGGUUGUUGCAGUCGCUUGCAGAGUACUGAGAGAGUGAAUAGAAGACAUCGGCAUCACAUUUGUAAAUCCGAAAAGAAAAGCGAACCGGAAACGAAUCGUGAAAAUACAGCAGAUGCGGAAAUUUCACCACCUCCGAUCUUCAGGAACUUCGCUAAAGCAGCGAACACAGUUUUGGCCACAAUAUUUCGACGCCCCGCUAAUCGCGAGUUUUCAGCCGUUGUCGCGUCGUUUGUUCGAUAAAAGACGCUUUUCUGGGUCAGCAUAGAAAAAUACGGUUACAGUAUAUCAAAAAAAAUCCUUAUCAAACUUGUUGCAUAUGUUCGUAAGCGCUGACAAAUUUUCUAGAGUGAUUCCAGUAAUGGUGAGGAUAUUUUUGAAAAAUUACAACGCCGAAAUUUACACGCAAAAACAAAGUUCACACAUUAUAUGAUUACUAAUUUCUUACCGAGAAGAAAUUCUAAUAGUAUCAUCAGUAAACAGUCGUUUGUCGUUGUUUCGACACCGUUUUGUAAAGAUGGCCGAUCUCUAACGUAAAAAAAAUAAUUAAACACGCAAAAAAAAAAUCAACUCGCCUUUGAUCAAAAUUUUAUAAGUAAGAUUGCCUCAAUACCUACAUUGAGACUACACGUAUCUACCGUUUGAAAAGUAAAUCACGAUUACUGUUUGCGGCGGUAAAAUCAAGAAGAGCGUAACAUAGCCUGAAAGUCAAUGUGUCGUUGUUUUUUUACAAACCACAAAGGAAAACUGAACACGAACCUUGUAAUGCGCCGCAAACAGCGCGAAGAAAGAAACGGAUGACAACAUUGAGUGAAGUCGUGAAUGAAAAACCCUUUUAUUUCUGCCAUAUUUACAACCUGUCAUGAAUUCACAAAGGUUUGACAACUUAGUUAUUUAUUCAUUCGUCUUUCUUUUUAGUUACGAUUUUUUGUUUAGGUUCAUUGAGUGUAAAAUGCAACCAACUUGAC